AUGAUAAUACUAUUUAUUAAUAAUAAGAGGAAGAAAUGUUUUUUUUUUUCGUAUAUUGUUGUAAUAUUUUUUUUUUUAAAAUUUUCAUUGAUAUAUAAUUUGUCAACUAGAAGACCUUCUUUUUAUUUGAUAAAUUAUAAGAAUAAUUUUGUGUAUAUAUUAAAUAAAAAAAAAAAGCAUAAUUUAAUUACAAAAAAGAAAUCAGUUUAUCUUUUUAAAAUAAAAAAGAAUAAUUUAAAAUAUACGAUAAGUAGUGAUAAAGAAGAAUUAACUGAAUUAGAUAAAGAAGAGUUAGUUAACAAAAUAAAAAAUGGUGUUGAUAAACUAUUAUUCGUAAAUAGAAAUAUUAUAGAAAUAUAUGAAGAUGAAAAAAGAGAAUUAUAUGAAUACAAUAUAAAUGAUAUUGAAAAAAAAAAAAAAAUUACUGAUAAGUGUCCAGAAGUUGAUAAAUUAGUUGGAAAUUUUGAAUAUGAGUUACAUUCAGAAACUGUAAGUACGUAUGAUAAAUUAAUAAAAAAUGUAAUUUAUAAUAAUGUAAUUAGUUUAAAAGAUAAUUAUUUAGUUAAGGAUUAUAUAGAUAAAAUAUUCUAUAAUUACAUACAUUUGCUUUUGUUGAAUGAGUUUGAAAAUCAUCAAAAAGAGCAGAAAAUUGAUGAAAAAUAUGAUGAUGAAGAAAAUAAAAAAAAUGAAAUUGAUAAUAAUGAUGGAAAUAGUAAAAAAUGUGAAAACAAUGUAAUUAUAAAUAAAGAAAUAAAGGAUAAAAAUAUAAAUAAAGAAAAUUUUGAACAUGUUGUAAAAAAAUGCAGUAAUGAAUCAAUGUAUGAAUGUAUAAUUAAUGAUAAACCAGAAGAAUCUAUAAAAAAAAGAAUUGAUGAAGAAGUGAUGAUUAUCGUAAAAAAAUUAGUUUUAUUUAAAAAGAUUCUAGAAUAUUUAAUAAAUAAGUAUAAAAUUGAAAUAAGAGAUUUAUAUAUUGAUACAAAAACGUAUGAUAUAAAAGUAAAAAGAAAUAGAUAUGAAGACAAUAACGAAAAAAAAAGUGAUUGGAAGUUAAUAUUUUUAGGAACAGGAUCGAUGUAUCCUUCAACAAGUAGGGGUACUUCAUCUUUUAUUUUUCAAACAACCAAAAGAAAAUAUAAUGAAGCUUUUUUAUUCGAUUGUGGUGAAAAUACUUUUAUAUCAUUGCAGAAAGCAAAUAUAAAAGUUAGUAAAAUAAAGAAUAUUUUUAUUACACAUUUACAUGGAGAUCAUUGUCUUGGAUUAAUAUCUGUUUUAACAAUGCUGAGAAGUAUUAAUAAAAUAAACAUAUAUGGUCCAGAAGGAAUAUACAGAUUUUUAAAAAAUAAUUUGAAUUCUACAUAUUCAAAAGGAGUUACAAAAUAUUUCGUAUAUGAAUUAAAAUUGAGUAAUAAAAACUAUGAUUCGUUGAAUAGUAAUACUUUAAAAAAUAAAAAUAAUUUAGAAUAUAUUUAUAAAAAUGACAAAAAUGUAUAUCCUAUAUUAAAAAAUGAUUUUUUAGAAAUAAAUGGUUUUUCUAUUAAACACACAAUUCCAACUAUUGGUUAUAUUAUUGAAGAAACGAAUGUUAAAAAUAAAUUUAAUGCUUCUUAUAUAAAUGAACUAAUUAAAAAUAAUUAUGAUCAACUCAAACAAUGCAAAAAUUUAGAAUAUACUCCUUAUAAAAUAUAUGAAAAUAUGAUAAGAAAAAUGAAAUUAAAUGAUGUAAUUAUAUUUCCAGAUCAAACAAAAUUAACUUUUAAUAAUGCAUACAAAGAAAUAUACAAAGAAAGAAAAAUAGUAAUUUGUCAAGAUACUUGUGAUGCAUCAAAUUUAGAGAACUUUGCAAAAGAUGCUGAUAUUUUAAUUCAUGAAUCAACUAAUAGUAUGAUUGACUUAACUGAUAACAUUACUUCUGAUUGUUUAUAUGAAGAUAAUUAUAAUAUACAAAUUACUGAUUGUUCCCAGAUAGAUGAAGUUCAACAAAAAGACAUUUUAAAUUAUAUUCCAAAUAAAAAUAAACUUUUGCAUGAACAAACAAACGAAUAUACUUCAAAUAAUAGUCAAAAUAUUAUAAAAGAGGAUGUCACAAAAGAUAAUGAAAAAAAAAAUUUAUGUGAAAAUGAGAUAAGUAAAUUAGAUGAAAACAAAGAAGUUGGUAACCUCUGCGAAAAAAACAAUACACCUAUUAUAAAUGAAGAAAAAAAACAAAGUGAAAAAAAAAAUUUAUUAAAAAAAAAAAUAAGUAAUGGAAACCUUAUAGAAAGUUAUAAUAAAAUAAUUUCCGAAAGAGGACAUUCCACUGCUAAUAUGGCAGGAAAUUUUGCCAAAAAAAUAAAUGCAAAAAAAUUAAUUUUAACUCACUUUUCUCAAAGAUACAUUGGUGAUAAUAAAUUAAAAAAUAUUAUAGUUAUGAGAAAAAUUGAAAAUGAAGCAUUAGAAUCUUUUCAGGCUAAUAAUGAAAAUAGCAAAUAUGGAGAAGGUAAAGAAAAUAAAGAGUAUGAGGAAAAAAGAGAAAUUAAAGAAAAUGAAGAAAAAAUAAAAAAUAAUGAAAAUAUAAUAAAAACUAAUAUUUAUGAAGAUAAAAAUUAUAUUAAUUAUCCUGAUAAUAACAAUUGUAAUAACUAUGAUUUUAAUGAUAAAAAAGUUGUUGCCGCUUAUGAUGGUCUAAUUGUUCAUAUUCCUCCUCAAAAGAAAAAUUAA